AUGGCCACCGCUCAGGAUGGGACGCAAGCUGAAGCCCCAGUUCAGCGCCAAUCCGAGCGAUUCUUCUCCACGGACGGGGACGCUGUCGUAUUCCGCUCUAGCGACAAAGUGCUCUUCAACAUCCAUCACACCAAUCUCCGCGCGGUGACCGACGGACCCUUCGCUGAAUACUUCCCGUCGACUCCCGCCGAUGCCGCAGACCUCACGGAGGACAGCCAAGUACUCGAUAUCAUGUUCCAAUUCGUCUAUCCGGGCAAUCUUCCGCUACUUGACGGUGUUACCCCCGAACUCCUCUUCUCUGUUGCGGAAGCGGCGGAGAAGUAUCGCGUAGCUCCCGCGAUGGCGCUUUGCCAUCUCCAAAUUCGGCGCAUCUCCGACAUCACGGAAGACUGUGUCUUGCAGAAGAUGGCCUACGCGCACCGGCACGGAUACAUCAAAUACAUGGACCAAGUCGCGCCGCUGUCGUUCCCCAAGAGAAUGGAAGACGCGCUCAAGGCUUUCGGGCCGGGCUUACUGUACGUUGCUUGGACGACGUACAAAGAUGCCUGGACCCGGAUCUUUGCCGAAGGCACCUAUGCCCUGCGGACUCGCGACAAUCACGGCUUGCCGAACGUCAGAUGCGAUGUGUGGGCUGCCCUUCUCUUCGCGGUUGAGCGCGACCUGGGCGAACACCGCACCCAAUGGUUCGACAGCCUGUCGACGCUCUUCUUCGAUAAGGAAAGCUUGGCCGACCGCUGUCAGCAUCGCCACCCGUCCGGGGUCACGCAUUGCCGGCAUCAGUUCAUGGAGUGGAAGACCGAAGCGAUGAAGCUCGCCAAAGCGAUCCCGCCUCUAUCCCAAUUCGUAACCGCGGUGAAUUCGUGCUGA